AUGGAUCCAAAGCAACUUGCUGCCAAUCACAAAUUACGAGCAUUGUUGUCUGCAACCAAGACUGGUGAAGUGAACAAGAUAGCAUCAAGCAUUGCAAACAAGUUCAGUGAGCGCAAAUACUUGCGAGUUUUAGAUCUUUGCAAAACAAUUUUCGAAAUGUCUCUCACAGAGAACCUUAAAAACCUUCAGAUUUUGAAUGUGCGUUAUUGCCAAAAUCUGAAAGUAUUGCCUCCGUAUCUCACAAACUUUAAGAAACUUAGGGUCUUAGAUGUUAGUCACUGUGGCUCACUUGGAUGCUUACUAAAAGGCUUAGGAAGGCUUUCAAAUCUUGAAGUUCUAUUGGGAUUUAGACCUACCAGAUCAUGCCAAUUAGAAGGAUGUUGGAUUGUUGAGUUGAGAAAUUUGAGUCGACUUAGGAAACUUGGACUACACCUGGUUUGGGAUGAUGAGAUUGGAGAUAGUGAGGUCAGUGCUUUGGUAAACCUUCAACAACUUCAAUUCCUAAAAAUAAGUUGCUUUGAUAGCCAUGGUAGCAAUCUUGUUGACAAACUUGAUAAACUCUACCCUCCACCAGCUCCAUGA